AUGGGCUGUUUGUUUUCUUGUUUGAAAAGGUUUAAUGGCCAGAUGCCGCUAGAAGAAACUGCCGAGGAGCCAAAGGUAUAUUCUUGGGACAAAAGAGAGAGAGUUAAUGUUCAAGAUUUCAUCAUAGACGGAAAGAAAGGUGAAACAGUAGUGAAGCAUGCUGGGACAGUCAACGGGGAGCAGAUUGUUAUACAGAACUGUCAGGAUUCUAGUAUCUACAUAUUCGACCACAUAGCAACAGUCAGUGUAGAUGAUUGCAUCAACUGUAAUAUUUUUCUCGGACCAAUCAAAACAAGUGUCUUCAUCAGAGACUGUAAACAGUGCAGAGUGGUCGUUGCCUGCCAGCAGUUUCGAACCCGGGACUGCUUCCAGAUAGACACCUUCCUCCUGUGCGGAACCCAGCCCAUCAUUGAAUCUUCUAGUCGCAUGAGAUUUGCCUGCUUUAGAUAUUACUAUCAGCAACUUGAGCAUCAGUUCCGGUCAGCUGGUUUGAGCAUCUUCAAUAACAACUGGUCAAAUAUACAUGACUUUACUCCAGUGCCUGAUGGAGACAAAAACUUCUCAUAUCUUCCUCCAGAGGCCAAGGUCGAGGACUUUGUGCCAAUGCCAGAAGGAGAAGAAGUCUCAUCCAUGCAGAUCAGAGUUGACAGUGAGAGCAGCAUGGUUCCUCAGACGUGGGGCAAGAGAGGAAUGGUUCAUGAAGAGUCCUGUCUAAUCGUCUUCUUUAAUGACGGUGGAUCCACAGAGCGGGCCAUCAAGUUUGUACAAACAGUUCGAUCACGGAAACCUGAUUGUAUUCUGGUGCAGAGCAAGGAAGUCAGCAUGGGUCCAGAUGAUGCAGGGCGGGUGUUCGGAUCCCAUUCUUAUGCUAAUGCUACACGACAAGGUCCGGUGGUUGGGCUGCACUUGAGUGGUGAAGGCAUCGUGUCCUUGAGCCAGGCACUGGUCACGGAAAUGAUGACAGGCACCACAGAUCUGGUGUUUGUCAGUCAGUCGCCCGAGGCUGCCACAGCACAGAUUGAAAACUUCUAUAAUUUUGCUGACAUGCAGAUGGGCAUCUGA